AUGGGGUAUUAUCUAGCUGAUGGUAUCUACCCAAGGUGGACCAUAUUUGUCAAAUCCAUUCCGAAUCCCCGAUCCCAUAAGCAAAAAUUAUUUGCUACCUAUCAAGAGGGAUACAAGAAAGAUGUCGAAAGGUGUUUUGGCAUCCUUCAAGGUCGGUGGUUGAUUGUUCGAGGUGCGGCCCGUAUGUUUGAUGAGAAGAUCCUCCGAAGCAUUAUGAUGACUUGCAUCAUCCUCCAUAAUAUGAUUGUGGAGGAUGAGUACGAUUAUGAUGCUGGAGAGGUCUACGAACCGGAUCCAAUGAACACGGCCUUGACCCAGAUUUAUGAAAGGCCCAUAGGGCCAAGUGGAGAACCGUUUGAGCCGGAACCGUUGGUGAGGGACGAUCGUUUCAUGACCCGGAUGAUAGAUCGAUAUACAGAGAUGCAAUCUUCGUAUAUUCAUGAAAGGCGUCAACUUGACUUGAUGGAGCAUCUAUGGGCGGUGAGAGGGAAUGAAGAUGAAUGA